UACUCUGUCACGCAAAUCACGGUCACCUGAUAGCUACUUAAUAGUAAUGCGCCGAUUCGGCGAGCCUCAUUUACUCGAAUAAAAGCUGGGCUAGGCUCAAUUUAACCCGCUUACAAUCGUUUUAAAAAUAAACCUAAAAUUACGAGAUUGCAUGAGAAAAUGAAAGGAAUACAGAGCUGCUUUUGCGCUACAGGAUGUCUUAGAAUGGCGUAUAUUUGCUUUUACACUCUUUUUAGGCUAGCACUCUGAGAAUAAUGCAUUUUAGGCCAGCGCUUAUUGACUUUAUCGCUCUGAAAAUAGCGUUUUCAGGCCAGCGCUUAUUGAAUGUUACGCUCUGAGAAUGUCGCUUUUUACCCCGAAGCUUUUUUACUUUUAAGCUAUUAAAUACGCUUUUAGACAAGCGCUUAUUGACCUAUUACGCUUUUUAGGCCGCCGCUUAUUCGAGUUAUAAGGUAUGCCUAUUCCUAUUGCUGAUGCUGAUUCUGAUUCUAUGUCUUUCCGCGGUAACCUUUCAUAUGCACAUGCUACUGUUCAAAUCGCACGUCACGAUCAAUGCAUUUUCUACUAUGUAUUUGCUAGCGCUUCGCACACUGAUUUUAAACCUAGCGGACCUCUUCUUAUCCACAAGCUAAUGAUGUAAUAACGACGAAAUUAACACCUUUUUCUCCUACCCGCUUUUCUGAAACGUUUCCCCCUAAAUCCCGUUGGGUUACAGAAAGUGUCGCACAUCAAUAUUUUCUCUCUUUCUCCUCCUGAUCUGAAUCUUACCCUUUCCUCCUCCACAUAUUUUCAUUUUACUAUUUUCGUCUCAUCUCCCUUCACUUUUUGCCUAAACCUUUCUCCCUAACCAUUUUCCUCACCUGUUUAUUAUUUUUUCUCCUUUCUUUUUCUUUCCACCAUCUCCGAUUUCUACUAGUAACCCUUUUCCCUGCCUUUACAUACAGACUUUCUCUCGUGAUGCCUUUCUCUUCUUAUGCAAGCAUUACAUGUCUCUAGCCUCUUUCGCAGUCUUUCUGUUCUCUUGGUCCUCAACUGUGAAUCAAAAUGUGCAUGCUCUAGUCUUUUUCCUCUGCUUAACAUAGCCUUCCUCUCGCAAGCAAAUAAGUCUCCUUGAAGCUUUUCUGGGUUUGUCACGCUUUGUCACGCAAGCCUAACAUGACUCUAGUCUCCCUUGCGACCCUUUUGGGUUUGUCACGCUUUGUCACGCAAGUAUAACAUGACUCACCCUAUUUGCUGUCCAUUUGUGCCUCGUCACCACGCAGACAUUAACGAGUGUGUAAAGUACAGCGACUUGUCGGACCCGGCUGCUAAUAAUGACGUGUUGAUGGCGGGCGGAGUCUGUCACGUGUUUGCUCAAUGCUUCAACACUAUUGGCUCCUUCAUGUGCAUGUGCAAUGUGGGUUACCAUGGGAACGGCAGGGAGUGUUACCCCGCAAAAACAACAUUUAUGUCGGACGAAGCAAUGAAGAGAAGGCCGCGUGUCUCACAAUCGUCGUGUGGUACAAUUGGUCAGGUAAAUUCAUCGAGGGUUCGACGAAUCGUCGGUGGGAAGAUUUCUGCCAAGGCUGCUUGGCCUUGGCAAGCCGCCAUAUAUUAUAAAGAUAGAGGAAGAAAUUUUCUCUUUAACGGUGCUUUAAUCAAAUCUCGUUGGGUUCUCACUGUGGCUAAUGCAGUCUUACGGGGCGGCCGGCCAAUCAAGCCGCGAAAGCUAAAGGUGAUACUCGGUGAAUUAAACAGAGAUAAAGAAGAGGGGAACGAGCAAACACUGAGAGUAAAGCGCAUCAUUACACAUCCGGGAUACAGCAGAACAAACCUGUCACAUAACAUCGCACUUCUAGAGCUGGCGAAACCGGCAAAGCUGAACAACUACAUCAGAAAAGUCUGUAUCACAAAGCGAAAGCGAGACGUCGCACUCGAAAACCCGCCAAAUUACGGGACCGUUGCGGGGUGGGGAACAACUCGUAAAAUUCGACUUGGGUACCCUGUGGGUCCGCUAUCUGCGAAGCUCCGUCAAGUGACUGUACCCAUUGUUUCAAACGAAGAGUGUAAACGUGCAUCGAUUUACACCUAUGACAGCGCAUUCACAUUUUGCGCGGGCUUCCGAAGGAAACCGCUGGCCCCAUGUUUCGGUGACGUAGGCAGCCCAAUGGUCAUUCAAAGCCCUCGCACAGGACGGUGGGUAAUUGUUGGAUUGUUCGGCUGGAGCGAGGGUUGCGCGCAGCCCCGCAAAUACGCGUACUACACGCGUGUCUCAAAGUACAGGCGAUGGAUCCAUUCUAUUGUCAGAAGAACCCGUCUUCAGUAGCUCCAACCGAAGCAUCAUUGAUCAAACGCCAAGGGUACCCUGGGCAGCGUAAUUACUCUUGAAAAUAUGCGCGCCCUAAGUUUCCGUUCUUCUUGUGGGAGCUCGUUAUGUAUUUACGCCGGUCUUAAAAAAAAACAUCUGAGACGUUUAUUCGAUUAAAGAGCUAUUCUAAUGCAAGGAUUAUCCGCAUCUCGUCCGGUUAUUGAACGGGAAGACAUCCAUUAGCCUAUUGUUUUGAUCAUUCAAGAAUUGCAAGCUCACAAUUUACCACCACUACAUACGGGAGCCUUCUUUUUUUUCAAUCUCAGAAAUAACCUGCAAAUGACACUAGAAGGCAGAAAAAAAAAAGAAUAACAUAGUUAACAAUAGACCUUAUGGCGAUACUAACAUUACUCUAUCACGUGGUUAAUUCCUGUCACUUGGCUUAGCUCGGCCAGGCGCUUCAAGUGGCUCACCAAUGUCACGUGGGUCAACUAUGUUACGUGGAUCAACUAUGUCACGUGGUUCAGCUAUGUCACGUGGAUUAACUAUGUCACGUGUUUCAACUAUGUCACGUGGUUUAACUACGUCACGUGGAUCAACUAUGUCACGUGGAUCAACUAUGUCUCGUGUUUCAAGACGCCCAGGCGUUGCCAGGUGACUCACCCCUCACGUGGAUCACUUUGUUCUUAUCCAUUCUUCCAGAUCUCUGAAGUCACUAUAGCUAAGUGUGUUGUUUUUUCUUUUUUUAAUUAAGUUCCGAAACAGGACAAAGGAUGGUAAAAAUGACAAUAAAUGACUAUAAAUGGAUAAAUUGAUGACGACAUGAAUUGGAUAAUGGGCAUCGUCAAUACUCACGUACACGGAAACAGUGGUUAUAUAACUGGUGCAUUUAAUGGGUUCAAUGUGAAAAAUCAGUUACCCGUUUUUAUGUUCGUUUUCUCAAGGUGGCAGCGCUCGCCAAAACAUAUAUUUAUUGAAGUGCGAUGCGCGUCUUAUAGCUAUAUAGACAAGUCCUCGGCUACUUGUUGUAGUAAUUUUCUUUUAUGGAAAAGAUAGGUGAUUUAACGAGGACAUUCACAUUGGAAUGUUGUAUUAUGCUCCUUGAGUAUACAUAUUUUAUACCAAAUAAUAGCCUGCUAGCCGAAAAUGUUUUCUCUUCGAAUAUUGGGAAAUCUGUGCGAAGAAAUUUCUUUUCACCCUCGCCCCGGCGCACCUCGCCCUUCGCGCGCGCCAUAGGAUUCCAAAUAUUGGAAGAGAAAACAUUUCCGAAUGAUAACCGGCUGGCAGGCUAACUAGUUAAAUAUUGUUUCUUUAAAAAUGAACUAGCCUGAAAGGACCUCGCAUCUAAGGGAUCCUCGAACACAUUGGACUACUUUCCAUGCCUCUCCUUAUGAUUCUUAUAAAAGAAUACCUCGCAUACUAGAGAGGUGUAUAAAACGGUUUAAAGUCCCUUUAAAAACAUAAGAACUAUGCAUAUCAAAGGGGCUAGCCACUUACUAAGAUUGAUUCUUUUUGGUUUUGUUUUGCAUUGUAUUGCUUUAUACAAUUUGAUAAACCAAAAGAGAGGCUUUGGCUAUCGGAGUAAUGAGCAAUAUAGCGGCCUUCUGCCUCUUUGUCACUUGGGAGGGCGGAGCUGGCGAGGAAAGCGGGGACGUAAGAUGCUUUGCGCACGUAAAAAUCGGUGCGUAAGGGAUCCAAGCUUAGAAAGAAGGAACGGAAAGGCUUCUUUUGCUUGCGUCUCCUUUGCGUCGAUGUUAACAUAUGCGCGAAGGGUUUUACGUCCCUGUUUUUUCGCUUGUAGAAAGUUAGCUUUAUGCUGCGUUUCAUUCAAUUAACUGCCAUUGGGUGACUUGCGCUAAGAGAUCACGUGACUGUUUGGUUGGCAAUAGCGCGCGCACGGGCUUUUAGCGGCAAAAUAACAACAACAACAAAAGCAACUUAUUCAGCGCUUUCGAAAAAAAAUUAGAAUCUUCUCCUGUCAGAAAGGAGUUUAUUUUCAUCUGAAGACUUUUUUCUCAUCGUUUCUGGUGUGAAGGGCGCAUCCAUUUCUGUGAUUAUAAAGGUUUGAAUGUCCCACCCAGAAAGGUCACGUGAUCUCUAAGCGAGAUGAUUACGUGACUAAAUGACCCCAUGGAUAAAAUUACGUGACAUCUAUGGCUGUUGCGUCCUGACAUGUAUCAUACGACCGGACCACCUUAUAUGGUCUUACAUCAUAACGAUUUAAAAAAAUCAAGAGAUUUAUGAAGGUUCUGUGAUGAUAGCAGCAUGAACAGAACCUGUUUUCAGCGAUUCAAGAAUUUGAGGGACAAAAUGUAGACAACGAGAGAAAUCUUGCGGUGAACAAUCUUCAUAAUGAAGAAAAUAAAUAUUCAAUAAAAUAUUAUGAAAUCAG